AUGAUCCCAACUGCAACAGUAUACUCUUCGACUGUUAAUCUAGUAAAAACAAUUGUUGGAGCGGGUCUCCUAGCCAUCCCCUAUGCAUUCAGGGCGGAUGGUGUCACAGUGGCUAUUAUUUUACUACUUUUUGCAGCUAUUACAUCGGGGUUUGGACUUUACUUAUUAUCACUCUCUUCUAAGGCUUUACUUAAUCCAAGACAAUCUAGUUUCUUCACGCUAUGUUCUGUAACGUAUCCAAAGCUAUCCUUUUUAUUUGAUUUUGCCAUGUUCAUUCAAUGCUACGGGGUGGGAUUGUCAUAUCUAGUACUUGUUGGGGACCUAUUUUCAUCUCUGCUUGGUGGUCGUCGAAAUUGGUGGAUAUUAGGAAGCACCAUAAUUGUUGUUCCGUUAGCACAUUUGAGACAGUUGGACAGUUUAAAGUACAGUUCCUUGGUUGGUCUUCUUUCCAUCACCUAUUUGGUACUUUUGGUUACAGGAACGUUUUUACAAGGCGUCAUGUUUGGAAACAAAUAUGUGGAGCAUAGAGGGGAUGUAUCCUGGCUCCAUAUUCAUAGUGUAGGAGAGCUUGUUAGCACAUUCAGUAUUAUCAUACUCGCGUACACGGGGUCGAUGAACAUGUUUAGUGUUAUCAAUGAAUUGAAAGAUAAUUCUACAGCCAACGCAAAAAGAGUGGUUUAUUAUUCCGUAGGCAUUUCCACGUUGAUAUUUUUAUCUGUCGGACUUGGAGGCUAUUUAACUUUUGGAAACAACGUUUUGACAAAUGUCAUUCUGAAUUACGAUGAGUCUGCAAUAACUACAAGGAUUGGUACGUUCUCAUUAGGCACAAUGGUUAUUUUAUCUUUCCCAUUAUUAUUUCACCCAGGAAGAAUUGCAUUCAAUAACAUGGUGCACUGGCUCGAUAUAACGUAUGCCCUGUACAUAAUGCGCCGUGAGCAGAAGCUUGAGGAGCCGGUUUUGGCGGACAACGAAAGUACGAGGCCCAUUUGCAUGUCUGUUGAUGAUGAGGAAGACAGGUUAAUGCUUGGAAUAGAAGGGGAGUCAUAUCAAUCCUUACCAAGAGGUACGCAGUCCCAAGAAGAAUUAUCUGAGCAAAUGGAACAUGAUUCGUCUGCUGUACCGCUCGAUGGAUCACGCUUUUAUAUUGUUACUUGGAUUUUGCUCUUGAUCAUGUACGUGCUGGCGUUGAACGUCACAUCAUUUGCCCUAAUCCUAGCAUUGGUAGGCUCUACUGGAUCAACAUCGAUUUCAUUCACUUUACCUGGUUUGUUUGGAUACAAACUAAUUGGUACCGAAUCGUUGAUUAAAGGUAACUCAUUGAACAGAAAAGAGAUAUGGUGCCGAUUGGCCAGUUUAGGCUUGGCACUGUAUGGGAUACUAGUAACACUCAUUUCAGUUUUUGUCAUUAUUUAUUUCGGCAUUUGA